GGUGCAAUCUCAACAGACAGCUGUCCCCUGGCUUCUCGAUAAAUAGGAUGACUCGCAUUGCUGAGCGGUGUAGUCACCGCCAAAGGAAUGGCCAUCUCACAUUUCUUCCUGAUUCACAUAUUCAGUGGGGUUACUUGUCAGCCCCUCCCUCAGCUGCUUCCCAGACACUGAGUCUGGAAUGAAAAUUCACCUGCCUCUGAGUUGGCCGCUGGUGGGGGCAGGGGUGUUACUUGGGUUCCCAGGUUGGGAGAUUACCUCACCCGGCCCUAGCUAUAUAAGCCGACCUGUGUGGAGGGCUCCGCAGGGCUGACUUGAGGCACUCAUUCCACAGGGGAAAACACACAGACAACCAACCUCAGGCCGACAUGAUGGUGAUGAAGGUGGAAGAGUUGGUCACAGGGAAGAAGAAUGGCAGUGGGGAGACUGGGGAGUUCCUACCUGAGGAUUUCAGAGAUGGGCAGUAUGAAGCUGCUGUUACGUUAGAGAAGCAAGAGGACCUGAAGACACUUCCAGCCCACUCGCUGAGCCUGAGGGAGCAACAGUGGAAAAUUGAGAAAGAGCGAGAGGUGGAGCUCAAGAAGAAAAAACUAGAACAAAGAUCAAAGCUUGAAAAUUUAGAAGACCUUGAAGUCAUCAUUCAACUGAAGAAAAGGAAAAAAUACAGGAAGACUAAAGUUCCAGCUGUAAAGGAACCUGAACCUGAAAUCAUUAUAGAACCUGUGGAUGUGCCUAGGUUCCUGAAGGCUGCCCUGGAGAAUAAACUGCCAGUAGUAGAAAAAUUCUUGUCAGACAAGAACAAUCCAGAUGUCUGUGAUGAGUAUAAACGGACAGCUCUUCACAGAGCAUGCUUAGAAGGACAUUUGGCAAUUGUGGAGAAGUUAAUGGAAGCUGGAGCCCAGAUCGAAUUCCGUGAUAUGCUUGAAUCCACAGCCCUCCACUGGGCAAGCCGUGGAGGAAACCUGGAUGUCUUAAAAUUGCUACUGAAUAAAGGAGCAAAAAUCAGUGCUCGGGAUAAGUUGCUCAGCACGGCGCUGCAUGUGGCUGUGAGGACUGGGCACUACGAGUGUGCGGAGCAUCUCAUCGCCUGUGAGGCCGACCUCAACGCCAAAGACCGAGAAGGAGAUACCCCUCUGCAUGAUGCCGUGAGGCUGAACCGUUACAAGAUGAUCAGACUCCUGAUUAUGUAUGGGGCUGACCUCAACAUCAAGAAUUGUGCUGGGAAGACCCCAGUGGAUCUGGUGCUGCACUGGCAGAAUGGAACCAAGGCAAUAUUCGACAGCCUCAAGGAGAACUCCUACAAAACCUCUCGCAUAGCCUCCUUCUAAAGGAAAUGAUACCACUCGCAUCCCGUUGUUCUUCACCAGCAUUUUGAAGGCACGGCCCCAGAGAAGAGCAACCAGUCCUAACAUCCAGCUCCUAUCCACCUGUUGUAAAGCUGCACCUAAUGAAGUUUUGAGAAAGCACAGGGAUAUAGGUAUGGGAAUCUCCCUUAGUGAAACUCACUCUAUUUAUUUUUAUUUAUUCCUGUUUAUUUAUUUAUUUAUUUACUUCGAUGCCACUGGUAUUCAGAUCCUUCGUGGUGACCCAUUUGGUGAGCAAAGCUUAAUUUGUAUAUAACACUUCAGAGCCUUCCUGUAGAUUUGUCCUCAGACCACGUUAACCAGCAAUGCUGUUGGUGCCUGCUCGUGGGCACCUCGUUGGUGGAAGAUAUUUCAAGGUGUUUUUAAAGGACAAGGGUGAUGAUCACAGCCCCCUUUUCUCCUGAAUUUUUAAUGCUGACGUUUGGGGCAGUGGGAGGCGUGUAGCGACGGGAGAGGAGACUGUGGAAUGAAGGCUUCUGUGAGAAGGACAGUAAAGCCAAGCCGUUGGAUGCCUGGGCCUGGUAUUUCUUACCAAGUCACACGUUGUACCGAGGUGAAGAGAAUGUCUUGAGUGUAAGCGGUGUGUCGUGGCAGGUGCGGGCCGCUGGGCCAUGCAGAAGUGAAUUUGCUGAAAAAAAAAAGAUGAAAGUGACUGCAAAGUGUAAAUGUGUAAAUGUAUAUUAUGUUGUAUGUCUAUUUUAUAUUCAUAAUAAAAGCAAAAUUCUAAACCUCUAA